AUGUGCACCAUCAUACGCAAUCUUGAGGAGGCAGUUGAGGUAAGCAAUCGGCGACUCAAACACAUGGAGAAGAAUCUUGAACGUCAACGUGUUGUUGUGAAUGACGGCAGGGCCGCUACGUCGCGGUUCGAAGAUAUGUUCACAAAAACCAAUAGCGAUCUGCAAUACAUUCAGCAGCAGCUUGAAUAUGUUGUGAUUAGUUUGGAAAAGGAGCGUGGAAUUGUGGCUGACCACACGGAACAGCUGCGCCUUUUUGCGAUGGAGUCAAAUCGUCUUGAUAACAGAGCUGCCGAUGUAUCGGAUGACGGAACAUCGCUUCUCUUCUGGUUGGCUACGUGGCUCUAUCGCCCUCUCGUACACUUCGCAAAGGGCUGCUAUACGCUGAUGUCUCCGCUGAUCAACACCCUCCAGUCGCUGUCCCUGUUCAACUCGGAUGUGCUGGUGCGCCGCAGUGAGAGUGGUGCACGUUUUCGCCCCGCCGAGACGAACGAAGAUCUUCUGAAAAGACUGCAGAAAGGAACGCUUGACCCCACAUUGGUUUCGAAGAAUAACUAA